AUGGCUGAACCGGAGGAUCUCGAGGAGGAUCUCUUCGCGGAUCUUUAUGAUGCCGACGAAUCAACCACCCGCACUACUUCCGCAGUAGAGGCAUCUAAGCCCGUCGAACCUGUCGCGGCCGCAGUUCCUCCUCCCGCCGAGGAACCUGCUGCUGCUCCUGUUUCGGCUGUUCCAACUUACGACUCUUCAGCUCCCGAUUCGUACCCCUCAUACCAGGCGCCCCAGCAAGAUUACAAUGCAGGUUAUCAGAAUGGCUCCCAAGCCUCCGCUCCACCCGCGCAAGCUCCUCACGCAGACCAUGAACCUCAUGGAUCCGGUACAGGAAUUAAGGAAGAUGGGUAA